AUGACAAUCCGUGCGCUGCGCACACAGAUGCUGGAAGUGAACGGGCUCAAUGUUAUACCAGAGACACCGAACUCGUCGUCUUCUGAGCCAAGGCAGAACCCUCGUCGAGACUUCAGGAGACGAUUGCAGCAAUAUCUCGAGGACCUUGAAAGAUCCAUUCAAGCGAUCCGCCGCCUCUUCACAGAGUUUCCCGAAAACGCCCAGUCAGAGGGUGGAGCUGAUGGGAGAGCAUGGGCCGGGUUCCUGGUGACGGCCGUCUUUGGGCUGUUCGACUCUGACAGAUCGUUCAAAGCCUUCGGUAACUUUGGCGUUGUAUUUCAUUCAACGAUUGUUACGCCGAAUGCUGUGUUUGACUACGGCUACUGCCACCGAACAGCAUGCCAGAGACUGCCGUAUAGCACUUCAAACACGUUUACGCAUGCCAACAGACUCUGCGGAGAAAAGUCUGAGGGCAGGAAAGCUGGAUUAGAGAGUCUGAAUUGUUUGAAGUUACUGGACAGCAGUGACGUUCGCGGCGGGGAAAGUGCCAGAAGCGAUGAAAAUACCUUGACAGUGAAAUGA